UUUGCCUGCCGGGAGCCGCCUUGGCUCACUCCUUUUGCCUUCAGCUCUGCUCGUGCUUCUUGUUGUAGCAACGGUCGCAGAAGCCGGCAGAAGCGCUUACUGGCUGGUAUGUCCAGGCUGGUGCUGCACCAGCGUGACGAUGGGGUGGCCCAGACGCUGCUGCGCAAGGCGGCCACGCACGCCCGCGACGGCGACGUCUGGGUCGACGGGAGGACAUGCGUGCCGAACGGCGAGCUUGUCACGGUGCUGCGGCGUGAGGCGGAGUUCGGGUGGGUUCGUACUGGCGCGGGCGUGGAGGGCUAUCUGAAACUCAGCUACCUCUUGCCGCCACCAGAGGAAGCUAAAGUACAGAGGCACGGGCAAGGGCAAACAACAAUGCUGCGCAAGGUAGCCACGCACGCCCGCGACGGCGACGUCUGGGUCGACGGGAGGACAUGCGUGCCGAACGGCGAGCUUGUCACGGUGCUGCGGCGUGAGGCGGAGUUCGGGUGGGUUCGUACUGGCGCGGGCGUGGAGGGCUAUCUGAAACUCAGCUACCUCUUGCCGCCAGCUGUGGCCAAGGUGCAGCGUGACGAUGGGGUGGCCCAGACGCUGCUGCGCAAGGUGGCCACGCACGCCCGCGACGGCGACGUCUGGGUCGACGGGAGGACAUGCGUGCCGAACGGCGAGCUUGUCACGGUGCUGCGGCGUGAGGCGGAGUUCGGGUGGGUUCGUACUGGCGCAGGCGUGGAGGGCUAUCUGAAGCUUGCCUACCUGGCAGCAGAGGAAGGCGUCCCGAACAAGCUGCUGAUGUUCCACGGCACCGACGGUGCCAACGCCGCGGGCAUCAUCCAGCACGGCUUGCGCCCAUCCGCAGGUGGACGUCUAGGCCCGGGUGUGUACCUGACCCCUGACCAGACGGUAGCAAACACAAUCGCAAAGCACAGAGGCUUGCAGUUUGUGCUCGAGUGCGAGGUCACGCCAGGCAAGGUGUACAACUUCGACACAGGCACGGGCGCGCUUCCAGCGCAGAAGCAAACGUGGGCAGCGAGUGGCUUCAACGCCGCGCAGAGCAUGCAUCCACCAUGGGCUGGGGUUGAUGCAGCAUUUUGCGAGUACUGCAUACACGAUGCGGCGGCAGUGCGGGUGAUCAAGGUAGAGGGCUUUGUAGCGAAGCCCACGUAGCUUGGUGGACAAGACAGGCCGGGUUCUCUAGAUGUUUGUAUGCCUUGUAAUGAUGCAUGAACCAUGAUG